AUGGUGUAUCUUAGUUUGGAAGGUUUAAAAAUCUCUGAUGUGUUGAUCAGUGCAAUUUUGCAUUCAUGUCCGAAUAUACGCUUUCUUAUUCUUGAUAAAAGUAAGGGUUUCAGUAAUAUACCAAUUAUAGAAAUUGCAAGAUUUUCUCCGAAACUACAGCAUCUGAGUCUUAAUUCAUGUAUAUGUCUCACUAAUCAAUGUAUCGCUGAAAUAGUGCAUUCUUGUCCAAAACUUAGACAUCUUGAGCUUGGUUAUUGUUCGAUUGAUAAUAAAGCUGUCGAGGAAAUAGCCCGCAACUGUACUAAUUUGAAAUAUCUUAGUUUGAAGGGAUGUAGAAGGAUUAGUAAUGAAGUGAUGAAAAAACUUAAUUCAAAAAUUAAAAUCGAACAUCCAGAUUAUUCAGAUGAUGAAUUCUCCGAUUCUGAUUUACCUCCACUUAUUCCAAUCUUUACCGGUGGACAAUAUGGGAUAGCUAUAAUAUAUUAA